AAAAUUAUGACAUAUUGAGUUACAAAGUUUUUUUUGUCACGCAGGCUACUAUUUGAAGAAAAAGAAAUAUUGAUUAUCGAUCCGACGAUAUCAACAAUUAGUCUACAAGAAAGAGCCAAAUCAAACAGAAAAAAUCUAACGGAGUUGUAUAACAUAAACACAAAUGAACAUAAGGGAGUUCGAUUCACAUGCAAAGCAACAAUAAUCGAUAUUGAUACAACUACAGGAUGGUGGUAUAGAGCAUGUCCAAAGUGUUACAGCGGUAUAAAAACACAUCAAGACAAAACACUCUGAAUCAAAUGUGGUAUACCAAGUGAUCCAAUUAACUGGUACAAGUUGAAUUUAAUAGUUCAAGAUGAUACAGACAUCUUUAGUGUUUGGAAAAAUUGCAGAAGAGUUAAUUGGACUGCCAAUUCAGAUAUUACUCCUACAAACAAUCAGUGACCAACACGAGCGAGAAGCAUUCUUUCCACAGGCACUUCAAAAUCUAAUCGGAAUCGCAAAGAUAUUUCAAAUUAUCAUCGCCAGACAAGAGCUGAAUGUCGCGAAUCUUACAUUGAAAGUCACUGAAAUCUUUCCAAAUGAUGAAUUGACUGAAUAUUCUGAAAGUUCAAUAAUGCCAAUAACUGAAGUUUCUCAGGCUUCGUUAGUAUUUACGCCGAUCAACACUGAAUCUAUACAUGAGUCAUCAAGCAAGCGACUUAAAAUCAGAUAAAGGAAAAAAUAAAGAAGAAGGAAGCGGGAAAAUAGAGCAAGAAAAAACGAGCAAGCAUGACCGUGACGAAAAAGAACAUGAAGACUAAAAAAUUUCAAGUUCAAGUUAGUUCUUUUUGUGGUGUACAUAUAUGCAUAUAUAAAUGUAAAUUUUGUUUGUGAUGUGUGUGUAGAUGUAUAUAUUAUUGUAUAUACGGUUUAUAAUAAACUUUUUUGCUGUAAUAUAUAGUUUUAUAUAAUGAAAAUGAGACUCCGCAGCGU